GUUCAAACAUAACAAUACUACGCAAUUUGUUUGUGUAUCAAUAUGACAAUUCAUCAGAUCGGUCGAUAUUUUCAAUGAUUUACAGUCUUGAAAUUAUUCAAAUUAUUUUUAUAUAAAUAUAAAUUACCCUUAAGGUAUUCAAGCUGGCACCACGAAGAAUUAUUUGGUUGGGAAUACAAUAUUUUUCUCCUUUGUUACAUCGUCCGACAACAAAUAGAUACGGUGGUAGUAAAAAGAAUUUUUCAAAUAUGUCGUCACAAUAUUCUCCUAAAGAGGCCGCGGCGCACGGGUCCCCGCCUGGAUCUCCGGGGCUACAGUCUUCAGGCCCCGGCGGGGGGCCCACCAAUCCCGGUGUACUCAAACGUUAUGAUAAUAUCGUUAAAUCACCGGAAGACAAGAGGAGUUACAGAGGUCUAGUGCUGUCUAAUCGUCUGAGAGUGAUGCUGGUUAGCGAUUUGAGCACAGACAAGUCGGCCGCAGCUUUAGACGUCAAUGUUGGAUAUCUAAGCGAUCCCGAAGAGUUACCAGGUCUAGCACAUUUCUGCGAACACAUGCUGUUCCUUGGAACUAAGAAAUAUCCUGAGGAGAACGAGUACAAUAAGUUCCUGGCUGAACAUGGUGGGUCGUCCAACGCGUCGACAUCAUCAGACCACACCACAUAUUACUUCGACGUGUUGCCUGAACAUCUCCAUAAGGCCUUAGACAUUUUUGCCCAGUUCUUCAUAUCACCUCUAUUCACGGAGUCGGCGACAGGCCGGGAACUGAGCGCCGUCCACUCGGAACACGAGAAGAAUACAUCCUCAGAUACUUGGAGAUUGGACCAGCUCAACAAGAGUACAGCAUCUCCAACACACCCUUUCCACAAGUUCGGUACAGGUAACAGGGAGACUCUUGAAACGAUACCCAAGUCAAAAGGUAUAGAUGUGAGGAAGGAAUUACUGAAGUUUCACGAGAAAUGGUAUUCAGCUAAUAUAAUGACCCUCGUUGUUAUGGGCAAAGAAUCUCUGGACGAUUUGGAAGCGAUUGUAGUACCACUAUUCUCAGAAGUACAAGAUACAUCAGUAACGCCCCCCUCCUGGCCUGAACAUCCGUUUCCGCCGGAACUAAGGCGGAAACGAGCGUACUGUCUUCCGGUUAAAGAUCUACGGUCGUUGUCUAUAGAUUUCCCCAUUCCUGAUACUAGGAAACAUUAUAAAAGUGGGCCCGGACAUUAUCUAUCACAUCUUCUGGGACACGAAGGACCUGGAAGUCUACUAUCAGCUCUUAAAGAACGAGGUUGGUGUAAUAGUUUAGUAGGAGGUACACGUAUUGGAGCGAGAGGGUUCGGCUUCUUCGGAGUGCAAGUGGACCUCACGGAGGACGGAGUCAGUCAUAUCGAUGAUAUCAUCAAGCUGGUGUUUCAGUACAUAUCGAUGUUAAAAGCCGAGGGUCCGCAGCGUUGGGUGUGGGAGGAGCAACGAGACCUGAUGGCGCUGGAGUUUCGGUUCAAGGAUGCGAUGGAACCUCGCGGCCUUGUCACCGGACACGUUCAUCUUCUACAGGAGUUUCCAAUGGAGGAUGUUCUGUGCGCGUACUACGUGAUGACUGAUUGGAAACCGGAGCUGAUUGAGGAGCUUCUCUGUCUGCUUACACCGGAAAAUGUUCGCGUCGGCAUCGUUGCCAAGGUAUUCGGAGACAAAUGCACGAUGACUGAACCCUGGUAUGGUACCAAGUAUCUGCAAGAAGAUAUUGAAGACGCCAAAAUACAGGAAUGGAAAUCAGUGCAGCCGACUAAAGAAUUGCAUCUGCCGCCUCCCAACGAGUUUAUACCAUCACGGCUAAGUCUUGAAACUGGGGAAGACAGUACUGCUGAUUCGAUCGCACCGGCCGUCAUAAAGGACACUCCGCUAAUGAGGUUAUGGUUCAAGAAGGACAAUGAGUUCCACCUUCCCAAAGCUGUGAUGACCUUCGAUUUAGUCAGUCCCCUGGCGUACGCAGAUCCUCUAAGCUGCAACCUAACUUCAGUGUGGGUUCUUCUACUCAGAGAUAGCCUACAACAGUUUGCUUACGCCGCGGAAUUGGCUGGUUUACGAUGGAGCAUUGGCAACGCUAAAUACGGGAUUAGUGUCACAAUCGAUGGCUACGACGACAAGCAAAGUGUUCUUCUAGAUAAAAUAGUUGAUCACAUGAUCAACUUCACUGCUGACCCCAAAAGGUUUCAUAUCAUGAAGGAGAAUCAUAUCAGAGCUAUAAGAAAUUUCGAAGCGGAACAGCCCUAUCAGCACGCAGUCUACCAACAAGCUCUAUGCUUGGCAGACGUGGUCUGGACAAGAUGCCAGCUUUUGGAAGCUGCUGAUGAUAUGACCCCGGAUAUGUUGAACGAUUUCGCAUCCAGGUUGAUACGCAAGUUGCAUAUAGAGGGCUUCAUGUAUGGCAACCUCAGCCGGGAGAGGGCGCUGCAUAUAGCCGAGAGUAUGGAGAAAAAAUUACCAAAAGAUGGAACGCCGCUGUGUGCCCAGCAAUUACUGUUACAUAGAGAAAUUGAAAUCGAAAAAGGUGCAUGGCAUCUUCGUGAGACGACAAACAGCGUGCACAAGUCGUCGUGCGCGUCCCUGUACUACGCGUGCGGCGUGCGACAGUGCAGGACCAACGUUACGCUCGAACUAUUAGCACAUACACUCGCGGAGCCAUGCUUCAACAUGCUACGGACUAAGGAACAAUUAGGAUACAUUGUGUUCAGUGGACUGCGGCGUUCCAACGGAGUGCAGGGGUUCAGGGUCAUCGUCCAGAGCGACAGACAUCCCGAAUACUUGGAAGAGAGGAUAGAGAACUUCCUACAAGGAUCACUGGAAUACCUUCAAAAUAUGUCUGACGUAGAGUUCUCGAAGCAUAGAGCUGCUUUAGCGGCUCAGAAGCUAGAGAAACCUAAGCGUAUGUCCAGCAGGGCUUCGCUAAUGUGGAGCGAGAUUACUGCGCAGGUUUAUAACUUCGACCGGCCCAGGGUGGAAGUGGAACAGCUGAACACUAUAACAAAAGAAGAACUGAUACAGUUUUAUAAGCGUCAUAUAGCAGCUGACUCGCCGGAGCGACAGAAGCUCUCAGUGUACAUAGUGUCGACGGCAGAGGGCGGCGCUGGCCACGGCGUGGACUACACCAAGGAGAGCGAAGAGAAUGACAACCCCCCCGCCUGCGGAACUGAUGAUGAUGAUGAGAAACCGAAAAAGCCAACGAGAAUCGUAGAUUUAGUGGAUUUCAAAUGCCGCAGACCUCUAUAUCCACAUCCGUCGCCGUUUAUAAAUAUACCAAGAAAAGGUUCACAAUGCAAACUAUAAAAUACGUAAAUAUACGUAACAAAUCAACUCAUGUAGUGUAGAGAUUGUCCAGUCAACUGAUGGUAGCGAGGUUCACUGUCCAGUGAUACACGUACGCUGGUAUCGUCAUGAGCUAAUGUUGACAUGUAAACAGCGACUCAUGUAGUGUAGAGAUUGUCCAGUCAACUGAUGGUAGCGAGGUUCACUGUCCAGUGACACACGUACGCUGGUAUCGUCAUGAGCUAAUG